CUUUACAAUAUGUGUUAUCUUAAUUUAUGAUAUGUUCUUUAUAAUUGACAAAACGUACGAUAAGAAAUACUGAAAAAGAAGUAGAAGAAGUGGUAAAGUGUUUCUGAGCAAAGUGCACGUGGAACGAAAAAUUAUAGGCUAUUUGUAUCAGAUAAUUUGAAGCCUUCUUUAUGAGUAAAUGUGUUACGUGAUUUAAGAAUUGGUUACCAGAAUAGUAGUUUGUAUCCUUAACCUAUUGUGUGGCACAACUAUAAUAUUCUCAAAAUGUUUGAAAACGUAAAUAAGGACUUCCUACCAAUAAAAGCACAUUAUUUUUUAUUCAAUGCAGCUACUGGACCAGUAGUGCCAUUUUUACCAACAAUAGCAAAACAGUUGGGUUUCUCUGGAUUUUUAGUGGGCACAAUAUACACAAUAUUACCAAUCUCUGGUUUAGUAGCAAAACCUUUAUUUGGGGCCUUAGCUGAUAAAUUUAAAAUUCAUAAAAUAUUACUUUUAAUAUUUCAAACUAUAGUUGCAAUAGCUAUGUUUACAAUACACUUUAUACCUGAAAUAGACAAUAAUGCAAAUUAUACUCUUAUUUGUGAUGGUGAUGCAUCUCUACAGAUAUGCUCAAAAACGGGAUUUUCUCAGAAAAUUAUAAAUAAUGUGACAACAGACACCAUACAUAUGAAUGUAUCCUGUCAAGUAUCCUGCAAAGCCUCGCAAGAUAUGUACACAGAGAUCUGUUCAAAUUGGAAAGCAUCUCAAUUUUGUGAUUUAGCAAAUUCAAGUAUUAUUUCUGAUACAGAUAAAUUUGAUUUUAUUUUAACAUUCGACAAGUUUCAUGAUCUUUAUAUAGAAAAAUGCAUGUAUUUACAUAUUUUCUCUGCCCAAUUCUCAGACAAUAUACCACACAAACCAGCUUGUAAAAAUUAUGUAAGAACAUUUUGUUCAGCUACAUGUCAUAAUAAUCCAACUUUUAAUCAGUUAUUGCACGAAGCUGAAGUUUCUGAAAAGUCUAAGCAAAAUUCAACUUACCAAUUUCAUUCAUUUUUGUGGGCAACUAUAAUAAGCUGGGUUGGAAUGGCAGUUGUAGUUAGCAUAGCUGAUACUAUAUGUUUUAAUCUCUUUGGAAAUGAAAAGAACAAGGAAUAUGGAAAACAAAAAAUGUGGGGCAGCAUUGGUUUUGGUAUUUUUGGAAUAAGUGCAGGAUAUUUGGUAGAUGUUUUUAGUGAAGGAAAGCUUGAGAAAGAUUAUACCUGUAUAUUUUAUAUCAUGUUAGUCAUUAUGAUUUUUGACAUUAUUGUAUCGACAACUUUAAGAAAGAAAAAUCCAGAAUGCUCCGAGGAUGAACCGUCGAUAUUGUGGGAACUAGUCACCGUCUUUAAAGAUGGUAAUGUGUUGGUAUUUGGAUGGUGGUGCAUAGGUGCUGGAAUGUGUACCAGUGUAGUAUGGAAUUUUCUAUUUUGGUACACUGAAGAUUUAGCGGGUAGUUCUCAAAUAACGCGGCUGAAAACUUUACAAGGCCUUUUGACCGGUAUACAGUGUUUUUUAGGAGAACUGCCAUUUAAUUUUAUCUCAGGAAGUGUAUUACGAAAAUUGGGCCAUGUAAAUGUUAUGAGUUUAGUUUUAUUGAUUUAUGCAAUUAGAUUUAUGGCAUAUAGUACUGUAUCAAAUCCAUGGUGGUUUUUAAUUAUUGAAGUACUUCAUGGACCAACCUUAGGUCUUUGUUGGCCUACAAUGGUAUCAUAUGGUGAUAAGGUAACACCACCUGGCAGUAAAGCUACUAUACAAGGAUUCAUUGGUGCUGUAUUUGAAGGAAUUGGAGUAUCAAGCGGUAGUUUAAUAUGCGGAUGGUUAAUAGACACAUACGGUGGUGUUACAAUGUUAAGAGCAUUUUCAGUAGGUACUUUACUGUGGUUAACAUGCUUUUGGCUCAUUCAGUUGUUACUACAAAAACUGAAAAAAUCGUCGAUACAGAUGGGGCAUAAUCAUUUGGCAAAUUACGCCAAUCCAGAUGAUGCAAUUAAUAUGACUAUGAGUCGCGAAUUAGAAACUUAUUUUAAAGAAUGAACAAAUGACAAGAUGAUAAUUUUUAGAUAUUUGAUAUAUUCGUAACUUGUUUACUUAGAUACGACUGUUUCAAAUGUAAAAAGUGUGCUUUUCAUGUGAUCAUUGGACAGUUUAAUUAACACAUUCGUGACUCAUCCUUCUGUCAUUC